AUGGCGAAUAUAGCGACACGCAGAUCCGCACGAUUGAGCGCCAGGUCGAUAAGCUCAGAUUCCAAAUCAGAUUCCAUAUCAGUUCCUCCAUCCGCUCCAAAACCAACAUCUCGGGGCCGUAAGAGGAAAGCAGCAUUGGAUCCGCCACAAGAUGGCUUAAACGGGACCGUUGACGAAGGCUUAGCAGCUAAGGCACCUGCAACUCCCAAGAGGCGUCGUAUUCAAAAGAAAUCUGAUGACCCUCCACCUGCAACGCCCACGCCGAGUAACGUACAGCUUAUUGGCGAGCCGGCUCAGGCGUUCGAGACACCCAAACCAAAACCAGCGGCUGUCAGGCGGCUAGCAGAUCCAAACGCCACAAACGCGACGCUUCUCUCGCCCGAGACAUCUCGAGUAGUGACUAGGCACAUAUCUCCAUCUAAGGCGUCGGCCGAUCAGGUAACGACGACCAACAUCCUCGAAGAGGCAUGUAAGCACCUCAUCAGCGUCGACGAGCGGAUGAAGCCUCUAAUCGAGAAGCAUCACUGCCGGGUUUUCUCGGAAGAGGGAUUGAACGAAAAGAUCGACCCCUUCGAAUCUCUAUGCAGUGGUAUCAUUUCGCAGCAACUUUCAGGAGCAGCAGCCAAGGCAAUCAAACAACGGUUUAUUGAUCUAUUCGAUAACGGCGGUAGAUUCCCGCAUCCAUCUCAGGUCGCAACCUGCACCAUCGAGCGGCUGCGUUCAGUCGGCUUUUCGAAACGCAAGGCCGAAUAUGUGCAAGGUCUGGCGGAGAAGUUUACCAGCGGCGAGCUAAGCGCUCAAUUCCUACUAGACGCGCCGUACGACGUUGUCGUGGAGAAACUAACUGCAGUUAAAGGCCUUGGCCGUUGGUCCGUCGAUAUGUUUGCCUGUUUCGGUUUGAAGAGGCUUGAUGUCUUCGCGUUGGGUGACCUAGGGGUACAGAGAGGCAUGGCUGCAUUCGUCGGGCGCGAUGUGGCUAGAUUAAAAAGCAAGGGCGGUAAAUGGAAGUAUAUGUCAGAAUGGGAGAUGCGAGAGAUAUCUAGGAAAUUUGCUCCAUAUAGGAGUGUCUUCAUGUGGUAUAUGUGGAGAGUUGAGGAGACGGACAUAAGCACAUUAGAAUAA